UUGAAGACAGGAUCUACAUGUAACUGAGUAAAACAGGGUUUUUCCAUUUUUCUUUUGUGUGACUAGUUUCUACUGACACUUUGGUUUGUCUUCAGUGCCUAUAUUAGAUUGUUUAUUACAAUAGACCAAGCCCACAUUGAGAUUCCCAAUGGAGAGAAGAGCUUUGGCUUUGAGGGCAAUGAUCCAAAAGCAUUGUCCUAAGAAGGAGAACCUGGACCCUCGAAAGUGGAUGAGAGAGGAGACUGUGAGGGGCUUUGCUGACUUCAUAAUGAACAAGCACUCGGACAAAGAGACGGACAGCAGCUUUGACAACAAAGAGAUGUUGCUCGAUACUGAGAAGCAGUUUAUGGAAGCGGCUAAGAGGAAUGAUGUGGAGACCAUGAAGACUCUUGGAAAAGGGCUGAAUGCCAAUGCGAGGAAUGUGCAUAACAGGACUGCCCUUCAUUACGCUGUGGCUGGCAAAAACAAGGAAGCUGUUCAGGUUCUUCUACAGCGCAGGGUCAAAGUGGACCAAAAGGACAAGUACGGUGUGGCACCCAUUCAUUUGGCUGCCUGGUUUGGCAGUUUGGAGAUCCUGAAAUUAUUGGUGCAGGCUGGGGCUGAAUACAAGGUUGAGAACGAGGAGGGACUGAACAUUAUGCACUGUGCCGCUAUCAACAACCACACUGAAAUUGUUGAGUAUAUCAUUAAUGACCUACAGAUGAAAGAACUAGACAAAGAGGACCAGUCGGGGCACCGGGUCUUUGCUUUGACAGCAGAGCAUGGGUGUGUUGAAAUGUUAGAGAUGCUGAUGGAGCCAUACAAAAUGGCCACCAUGAAGCCCAACAAGAGAGGGGACACGCCCCUGCACUUAGCUGCCAGGAAUGGCCACUUGGACGCCGUCCAACUGCUGCUGCAGAGCUUUGAUACUCGGGAUGAAGUCAAUAUGGAUGGUGAGACAGCUCUGUACCAGGCUGCAGACAACGGUCAGGAAGAAUGUGUCCUGACCCUGCUGGAGGCUGGCUGCGACCCCAACAUCCUAACAACGGUCAAAUGCAGCGCUCUCCAUCCAGUUUCAGAAAGAGGAGACACAUCUCUUGUCCAAAUCCUCUUAGAGUACAAAGCCAGUCCUGACUUUCAGAAUCAGCACCUAGAGGCUCCUCUCCACCUGGCAGUGAAGAACACUCACAUCCCUGUCAUCCACUCUCUACUGGAUGCUGGCUGCAACAUAAAUGUCACUGAUAAGAGGUCCCAGACUGCCAUGCAUCUUGCUGCAGAGGUGGGCAGAAUAGAAGUUGUGGACAUGCUUCUUAAAGCCGGGCUGGAUCUGGCACUCCGGGAUAGGCAGGGUAAGACGGCUCUGGGUGUGGCAGCCAGAGCAAAUGAGGCGAUUAUUGUGGACAUGAUCAUCAAAGCAGAGAGAUACUACGCCUGGAGGAAGGCCAACCCUGAGCUUAAUGAGAGUGUUCACAGCGAGUAUCCGCUAACGUUUAAACUCGACCACCGCAAUGAGACCAGGCAGCUCUGUUCGAUGGCCUGGCGCCUGGCGUAUGAGCUCCUGAAACCAGGAGACUGGAGAAGACUGGCAGAACACUGGGAUUUCACUAAGGAGCAAAUGUCUGCCAUCGAGGAGCAGUGGACAGGUCAGCACAGCUACCAAGAGCAUGGGAACAGGAUGCUGUUGAUCUGGCUCCAUGGGGAGGAGUUGGCUCAGAAGAGCCCUACGAAAGAACUCUACCAGGGCCUCAUGCUCACAGGGAACGGGAAAGCUGCAGAUAAGAUUCGAAUGGAGGCAGAGAAUGUCAGCAGUAAGAGCUGCAGCAUUUCAUGAGGAUAAACACGGCAACAUAUGGACUGACAAGAUUAAUUCCAUGUUUACGUCAUUUUCAACUACUGAUCCGUACAGGAAGU